AUGAAAUCAUUAAAUAUAAUUAAAAAUUUCAUUAGAAAUAAUAAUAAUAGUAAUAGUAUAAGAUUUUUUAGUAGUAAUAUUAAUAUUGUUGUAAACAGUAGGGGUAUAAAAUAUAUAUAUAAUGAAAUCAAUAAAAAAUUAAAAAAUAGUAAUAAUAGACAAAUUUCAGAAGGAUCAGAAUUAGAAUCAAGAGUUUUAAUAUCACAUGUUUUGGAUAUAGAUAGUUCAGCAAUAACAUUAUUUAGUAAAAAAAACCAACAUAGAUUUCUAACCAAUGAAGAGUAUAGCCGAUUACAAGAACUAGUAAAUAGAAGGUUAUUAAAUGAACCAAUAAGUUAUUUAAUAGGUUAUAGAUAUUUUUGGAAACAUAAAUUUCAUUGUGAUAGAUCAACCCUAAUACCAAGACCAGAUAGUGAAACGAUUGUCGAAAAGAUAUUAGAAGAGAAAAAUAAAAAUAAUUUAAAGUUUGAUAGAGUAUUGGAUUUAGGUACAGGUACAGGAUGUUUAUUAUUAUCGAUUUUAUAUGAAUUAGAUGGAUCAUUUGGUGUUGGUAUCGAUAAAUCUAAAGAGUCACUUUUAUUAGCAAAUAAAAAUGCAAAAGAAUUGGAAUUAAAAGAUAGAGUUUGUUUUUUAAAUUCAGAUUGGAAUCAUCAGGAGUCUCUAGUAAAAGAAUUAGGUCAAUUUAAACCAUUUGACUUGGUUAUAAGCAAUCCACCAUAUAUCUCAAUCGAUGAAUAUAAGGAAUUAAAUGAAACUGUUAAAGAUUGGGAACCUACCACAGCAUUAAUAGCAGACGAAAAUGGCUUAAAAGAUUAUAGAAAUAUUGGGUUACUUUUAAAAAAUAAUAAAGAAUUAUUAUCAAAUAAUGCACAAGUAGUUUUUGAAAUUGGAAAAGGUCAAGAAAAUGAUAUAAUUGAAAUAAUGGAAAGCUGUGGUUUUAAAUUUACCGAUUCAAAAAAAGAUUUAUCUUCAAUAAUAAGAUGUUUGGUUUUUACAAGAAAUAAAGAAAACGAAAAUAAAUAG